CGCUCACGUUUUAUUUGUUUACCUCUGGCUCUAGUUGAGUUUAAAUUAAAAUGAUUUUAUCCCACAUACUAAUUAAGUUAAUUAGUUAAUCAGUUAAUUAAUUCUAAUAAGUAGUGAAAUCAAAAUUUAUUUAUCGGUUGAAUUUUUUGUUAAAAUAAGUGGACUUAGCAGUUUUUGGUUGGCUUAUUUAUUUGUGUUUAAAUGUCUAUUUUAUUUUUAUAUUCAGCGCCAGUUCAUACUUUAUUAUGUAGUUAGCAACAAAAUGUGGAUCUAUUGUGCGUUUGUUUAGUUAAUUUAAUUUAAUUGAAACAAAAUAAGUUUUUCAAUUGUAAAUUUAAAAAUUGUGUGGGAAAAAUACAAAGGAAACGACUUGUAGUUAUAAAAUACGUUUGGAAUGGGAUCACGUGUAGCAGCAAUACCAUGGUUCUCAUUGGUUGCGACGGUAGUAAUGUGCGUUGGUGUCGGUCUGUUCUGUGGAGCUGGCUUCAGAGCUGCUGAAAUCGUCAACGAGGGAAUAUUUAAAGGAUUGUUUCAUUUCUAUGUUGAAUGGCUACAGAGCACAGAGAUAGGUUUUUUCGUAUUCGGCCUCUUCAUGGGCCUCUUCUCCAUCUUCCUACUCACCUUCGCCUUCCUUGCUUCUUUCGCCACCAGGGGCAACAUCUACUCAGGGGUCAAGUGUAUCAUGGGUGGAAGGAUCAGCGCUUUUGUGUUUCUGGUUUUAACGUACGUGUUGGACUGCGUCUGGAUCUGGGUAACGAGUUUUGUGGGGCUAGCCAUUUUUCUCUACAUGAUGCUCUUUUCCAUUUGUUCAGUGGAGGUGCAACAUCGCACCUAUCAAUACCUCGACACCGAGUGGGAGUAUUGCCUGAAUCUCAGUAGAUUUGGAAUCUAUAGAAACUUCACGGCUGGCAUGGACUUGAAUGCACUCUGUGAUGAGAGCGAUCUUGACGAUUUCUGCGAUUAUAUAUCGAAAUCAGGUCCACAGUUCAUCAUUGCAUUCGUCGGCUCUUUCUUGGUUGUCUUAGGACUGAUCAUGUAUUCCAUGGAGCUUGGGGCCAAAUACACAAAAAUUCAAUCUACGAAGGAGAUCACACAGUACAGUGAAACCUUUGCCCUCAACGACGCCAGCCAUCCAACUAACUUCAGAUAACGUACACUACUCCAACGCAUACGUUCCUAAAAUGUACAAACACGCCCCGUAUAAACACGCCCAUGCAUACCUACAUAAAUACCAACAAGAAUACAUUCACAUUCACAUACCUAUAAACAAAAUUGCAUAUACACGCUUAGCUCUAAUGCGAAUGAAAUAUAAUGGCUCUUGUGUAUAUCGAUAUAUCCGUCUUAUUAAGCCAUCACAAAAUCAGUCAAACAUCAAUCAAUCAAUCAAUCAAUCAAUCAAUCAAUCAAUCAAUCAAUCAAUCAAUCACUAUAUCUCUAGCCCAGCCAAUAAAAAAAGCGAUUAAAACAACCCCACAUUCAAUCAACCAAUCAGAUGUUUUGUAUCUGAAGCUCUUUAAUAUUGUCAUGACAGAUGAAUUGAAUAACUGAUAUGAUAGGACAGAUUUUUAUAUUUUUGAAAAAGUUUGUUUUCUUUUAACAUUAGAACAUUUUUUCCCAUAAAAUGAAAUCGAAGAAAAUAGAAUCAAAGAAAUGAAAUGAUCUGGAAGCCAAAAAGAACUGUUAUUGUUGAUUGGUUUGUUGGUUGGUUGAUUGAUCGAUUGAUUGAUCGAUCGAUCGAUUGAUUGAUUGAUUUGAUUGAUUGAUUGAUUGAUUGAUUGAUUGAUUGAUUGAUUGAUUGAUUGAUUGAUUGAUUGAUUGAUUGAUUGAUUGAGUGAUACAUACAGCACUAAAAUAUUUGUUAAUUUUAAAAUAGUAUUCAAACUGGGAAAUAAUUUGUAAAAUCGUAAAAUGUAUACAUAAUAUGUUAAAUUAAGGAGUUAAUUGAAUGCUGAUAAUUUUAAAAUGACGCUAAUCUUUGAGAUUAUUCUAAUUAUAAAUAUAUAUAUAUAACUAUAAAUAACAAUAAAUGACGUUAUUCUAAUUAUAUGACGCUAAUCUUUUGAGGACAGUCUUUUUUUCAGUGUUAUAACUCAAUUCUUACACUGAAGUUACUUGAAAUGUUAUUAAUUAGGAAGUAAGGUAUGACUCAUUAUUUUUAUUAAAAACAUUAAAUAUGAAAAUAGUAGUAUAUUUAUAUAUAAUACUUUUAGUAUUUAAUUAUUUUCAGAAUUACAAGAAAAAUAAUUUUGUCCUUACAUAA